UGGGGAGGGAGAGCAAUCCGUUUGGGGCUUCUUGAACGUGGAAUUUAUGCUGAUUUCAUGCGUGAGUGAAUGGGAAUUUUAGCUCGAGAGGCAAUCGCUAAUGCCUCCGAUCGUAAGGAUCUUGAUUGUCUUUUUUGAUACCUUCCAAUCAGCAACACCUUUCUGCUGAGUUAGAGUUGAAUGCUCAUCCCCCUACCGAUUCCUUUCGAUAGCUGAGUAUUCUCUCCCGGUUGUUGCUACCAGUCCUACAUGGAUUUCAUUGUUGGUAAAUUUAGGGCCAUGGUAUUGGAGUGUGCUAAAUUGUUGAUUUUAAGGCAUCACAUGUACCAUAAUUCACCUACACCUGACUAGUCGCAGUGGAAGUGUAGAUUAGUAUUUGGCUUUGCGUCAUAUUGCUCAUAAGCUUUAUAGGACUGGAUAAUGUGGGUGUGGAAUUAGACUUGUUAGGGAAGCUCAUGAGGAAAUUAAUUCCUCUGAUUAGUUAUGCAGAAGUACUAUUAUGUGGCUGGAUGAAUAGGCAUGUUCCUUGAGGGUGAUAACACUGAGUCAGCAGCCAGCAUUUAGAGGAAACAAUAAGAGAAGGUAAAGAAGAGUCAAGUUUAGGCACCUGUACGUUGCAACAAUGGGUUUUCCUCAGGUACUGCCAGAAGAAGAUGAUGAAGAAGCAAGAUCACCAAGCACAUUCGUGUCAUCUCUGCCUCGAUGUUACGGUGUUAGCAGCUGCGACUUGGAUGGGUUUCAUGCAGGAAGCACAAAUUGUAACAGCGCAGGAGAUUUUUCAUAUUCACCUAUCUGUGAUUUUCAGAGAAAAUCCACCUUGGAAAACUCAGAAGAAAUGGAUUGGCUAUUGGAACAUAGAAAUUCCAAUGGUGCAGCUGUAGAGCUUCAAGGUCUGAAGUUUGACACCAAUAGUGCAAAUGACAAGUUGACACCUAAGUUCUGUCACAGCAUUCAGAAGCCUCUAGUUAGGGUUGUUGGUUUCGGAUCAGGCCAGCUGGGUUCCUCUGUUAAUGGUUUUAAUAAUGUACUAGUAGAACAAAUUAAUUCUUCUAUGGCCCUUGACAAGUCUAAUUUAUCAAAUGAUUCCCAUGGGCUGCAACCACGGAAACGUUUGUUGUCUCCUCUGAACAGUACACUCAGGAAGCAGUUCCAUGGUGAUUUGCUAGACAUCAAUUCUGUUAAUACUCAGCUCGAUUUCUGUGGCUUGAGUGGAAAUCAUAGUCUGUUCUCUUCACAUGAUCAUAAGAAACCGAAUGUUGGAGUAGUUGAAAAAAAUCCAGACUGGCCUCUUUCAAAAUGCUCAAAUCUGCACAGUUUAUCAGAUGCCAAUGUAUUGACUUUUGAUGCUUUAAGUGAUGGGCCUGUUUUUGAUAACAAGGAUCGUUCUCAUUCUCGUUGUUUAUCUGUAGGAGGGCUUAAUCAAAACAAUAAGCUAAGACCUUUUGCUGGAACAAUAGUCGUAUCUCCAGAGAAGGUACUCUCAACACCUUUUUCGUUGUCCCCUCUCGGUCCUAGAUGGUCUAGAGGAAUGAAAAAUCCAGGAGUCCAGAGGAACAUCCUGAAGGAUAUUGAAAGUGACUUUUCAGUUCUGAAGGGCAUUGAAGGUUCAAAUGGUGGAAGCAGAACUGAAAUAAUGUUCUUGCCUGAAGAUGUUGAUUUCAGGGCAUCAAGUACAUUUGAAGAACCUAGCAUUUUACAUGAUGAGAUGGAUACAUUUACAGCUUUUGGUAGAGGCCAUAAGGGCUGGAAUGGUGGUCCUAAGUCUGUUCCUGCACCUCAUUGCAUGAAUCAUAUAAGAGGCUCAAGCAUGGUGCCUGUGAGGAGGUCAUUAGUUGGUUCCUUCGAAGAAUCUCUCAUAUCUGGUCGAUUCUCAUCUGGGAAGGUCUGUCAGAGCUUUAAUGGUUUUCUGGCUGUACUAAACAUCACUGGUGGUAAUUUUUCACCACCAUCUCAGAAACUUCCUUUCUCUGUGAUGAGUGUUGAUAAUGAUAGCUCACUGUUGUACUAUGCAUCAAUUGAUCUUGCUGGAGCCUUGCCUUCUAGUAAGUGUAGAGGCCCAAAAUUAACAAGAAGCCUGAGCAACGAUUCUGGAGUAGCUAAAAGUCGGUUGCGCAUUCCUAUGAAAGGACGCAUACAACUGGUCCUUAGCAAUCCUGAGAUGACCCCUCUCCACACUUUUUUCUGCAACUAUGAUUUGAGUGACAUGCCUCCAGGAACAAAGACAUUCUUACGUCAGAAGGCCACUCUUGCUUCUUAUGAAUCCUCAACUAAUCUGGCAAAAGGAACCGACAACCAUAACAUUGAAGCAGCUUGUAUUACUAUGGCAAAGUCCAGUGAAACUGGCCAUGGAGAGUGUUAUGGUUGUGUGCGUAAUGAUGAAACUCAACACUGUGAAUCAGCUACUAAAUCACGAAGCACAAAGGAGAGAAGCUCAGAGUUGUUCUCAACUGAGGACUUCCAUGGAUUACCAAAUAGAUUUAAUUAUGUCAUGGACUCUAGAGAUAACAGUGGGCUCAACAAGAGUAACCGAUAUAAGAAAAUUGAAGAGGGUACCUGUUGUCAGAUAGAUAUGUGCCGUUUAGCUAGCACAAAAUCUGUUCAUAGCUCUUUGAAGGUCAAUGAUAAUACAUCUGGUGCUCUCCGUUACGCACUUCAUCUGCGCUUUCUGUGCCUCUCCACUAGAAAAUCAUCCAAGUCACUACAGAGAUGCAAAUCUGACCCUGAUUCGGUCCCCAUAACAAACAAUAUAGAAACUAUGGGAGGGCGUCGAUUCUAUUUGUAUAAUGAUCUCAGGGUUGUGUUUCCUCAACGGCACUCAGAUACAGAUGAGGGCAAGUUGCGGGUGGAGCACCACUUUCCAGCAGAUCCAAAGUACUUCGACUUGAGCAAUUGACAAAGCUUCUUGUUUGCCUCCUCGGGCAUUCCCUGGCAAACAAACUGUACAUACCACUGACCACCUCAGUCACCUCAUCCCCCCAUGUUGUACAGAAUUUUCUUUCUUUGAUGAAUAAAAUUGUACGUAGAUCUUCUCCGGUCCUGCUGUGUUGUGUUGGCCGAUGAUUUGUUUUGGCAACUGCUUGUAACACUGGAGAUGGGUGUAGGUAGACUGCACAGUUCACCUUCAGCGUGCUGCUCGAGUCCUGGUGACGUCAAUUUUGAUUCCCUUGUGUAAUCGAGGAGACAUUGUGGCAGUUGAUCCACUGUCCUCAGUGAUGAGUUUUGCACUAUGGUGUUCAUUUGGAUCUGAUGGAGCGUCCAUCAGAAUUGAAAGUGAUCCUU